UCAUCAAAUGGAAGUGGUAAUAUCUGAGGUGUGGCCUGAUACGGUUCAUAGAGUUUGCAAGUGGCAUGUACUGAAGAAUGCUAAAGAGAACUUUGGGAACAUAUAUAGCAAGAGGAGCACAUUCAAGAAUGAAUUUCACAGAGUUUUCAAUGAACCGCAGACAAUAGAUGAGUUUGAAAAUGCCUGGAUUGAUUUAGUGAAAAUGUAUAAACUUGAGUCUAGCACGUACAUGAAACGGAUGUGGGAUAUGAGGACACAGUGGGCUCCCGUUUACUUCAAGUCCCAUUUUUUUGCUAAAAUGUCGACCACUCAGAGGAGUGAGAGUAUGAACCAUGUUCUGAAGAAGUAUGUGAAGCCUUCUUCUCCGAUGAAUGUCCUUGUUAGGAAGUAUGGAAGUUUCUUUUAUGACAGAAUACAGGAGGAAGAUGCUGAAGAGUUCCACACAUCGGAAGACAAGGUGGUUACUGCUACGAAGUCGCCUUUGGAAAAACAUGCUGCACGUGUGUACACUAGGGGAGCUUUCAAAAGGUUCAAGGAACAGUUCGUGUGGAGCGUGUCUUAUGAUAUAAUAUCAUCUUUGAAGGAGAACCAUUAUAGGGUUAUCCAUAUGGGCGAUGAUAAAGAUAGUUGGGGCAGAAUUGAAUAUGAUGUUGAGGCAAAUAUUGGUGAGCAGGAAUUUUCGUGUGUGUGCAAACUGUUUGAACACUUGGGGAUACUCUGCGGGCACAUUUUGAGGGUGAUGGUGCAAUUUGGUGUAAGGGAGAUUCCGGAAAAGUAUGUUAAGAAGAGGUGGACUAAAAAAGCUAGAGAAUCCAUCCCAGAGUAUAUGAAAGGGUACGUCAAUGAUAAUGAAGCUGCUGCGUCAAGGACGUAUCGACACGAUCUGAUGUAUCAGACCGCCCUUGAUAUGGUUCGGCUUGGGGACACAAACACUGAGACAUAUCAGAAGACUAUGGAAGUGAUGUGCAAGCACCUUAAAGAUUUGAAGGUAAUGACCGCCACGACACAAUCAAGCUCGAAGGAAACACGUCAUAGUGAAAUAUUAAAAGGGAAGAAACCUAUUGCUGAUGUGAUUGUCGAGCGUCCCGUGGAACUGUUCGAUGACAAUGGCAUACAUGAGUGUGAGGGUACAGAAGGUGGUGAUGGUGAUUUGGGGGGCGAGGACUUAGAAGAUGAGGAGAUGGCAGGUGAUACUGUUCGAGAAUGUGAUAUACUUCCUCCAGAAUUUAGAAGGGGGAGAGGAAGACCUAGAAUGAAAAGGUUUAUGUCCAAGGGAGAAAUUGCUUCAAAGAAGGGUAAGAAAGGGGGAUGUGCAGUAGAAAGGAUACAAUAUGAAGUUGGUAGUAGCUCUGGGGAUACCAGACCAAUGCAAAUCCGGUACUGCGGUAGCUGUGGUGAGCAAGGACAUAAUAAGAGUACCUGUGGUCGUGAUUCAAGUUACAAGAGAAAAUAAAGAGUGCGGUUAGUUUGGUUGUGUGGCACGCAGUUUUUUAUGUAGGUGUGUGAGGCUUUCGUAUGAUACUAUUUCCAUUUAAUUAGUAACUGUUUUGAAUUGUGUCGUUGUUGAACCUUGUCUUUAUAGAAUGGUAUGUACUGAUUCUUAAUUA